AUUCUAAUUGUAGUUUAUUCUCUUGAUGGUGUUUUUGUCGCGAUUCUAUUGCUUAUUUGUACUUGUGCUUAUUUAAAACGAAUACCGCGAAUAAACUGUUGGAUAACGCAAGAAAAGAAGGGUUUUUUUGGUAUUUUUUACAAAGCAUCUGUUAUUGGUAUUCGCCUUCAUUCAGUAAUAUCACUUCUUUGUAUAGCAACUUCUUGUUAUAUUCUUUUCAUCAGAUAUUUUAAAUCAUCAAUUCCAAAAGGAGUAAAACAAAAUUUCAAGAAGAAUAAACCACAAGGACCGAAAAAAGGUCGGCGUUUAGCCAUUGCACCGAAAAAAGCGGCUGCUAUUGAACAAGCAAGAAUUAGUGUGGAGGUUACUCGAAUUAUCAACGAAAAGAAUGAAAAAAUUAUGAAGGAAAAGGCAGAUAGUGACAUCGGUCGUAUUUCUAACAGAUAA